UCCACUCAAACGGACGAAAUGCCUCUUCAUCCGAUUCAUCGUGUCACUCCAACAGCCACGACGGCCUCCGAUACACGUAGAGAUUCCGCCAUGGACGAAUCACUUCCAAAUGCACCGCCUCCUGCUGCUCCAAGACCUCGGAGGCCGAUGAGGAAAGGAACCCACAGCUGUUUCGAGUGCCGUCGACGCAAAAUCCGGUGUACAUUCACCUCCAACGCGUCCGUCUGCUCGCAAUGUUCCGCCCGUGGUGGUUUAUGCCUCAACCAACGCCAGGAACCAUUUCUCCAUCCACCAAGCAGCAUUGCUCCCCGUCAAGGCUCCGCUGGAUCCUCCGAGCUAUUUCUUGACCCCGCGUUUUCUGACAAACCGGACCAUCCUUCUGAUUCUGACAUUUUGGUAAACGACGGCAGCUACCAACCCCCUCUGGUCUCGAUGAUUGCCGAUAACGAAAUCUGGUCCACGGCCGCUGGGACGGAACGAAUGUCAGCAACAAGCCCUCAGGCGCGAGGCGACAAGUCCACAUUAAACACGCUCCCAGAGUGCGCAAGUCCGCAAUGUUCCAGCAUCUCCCAGUUGUCUCAGGACAAAGCAAAGCGUGUAUGCGCGACCCUUCGUUCAGCACUGCCUAGCUACGACUCCUUUAUGUCGACUCUAUCCGAGUAUGGAUCCUGGUGGGCCGGCUUCCGCUUCAAGACUCAUCUCAACUCACAAGAACCUGCAGAGGAGCUGGCUGUGUUCGCUGCUCGCAAUUACACGAGCAACAAUCCUGCUCUUCUAGGUACACUCGCUGCCGCUUAUGCUCGUAGCCUGAAUAGAUACCACCAGUUGUACGUUUUGAUCGAAAGCCUCGUGGUGUCGGACUUUGAAUACGCCUCUACCAUUGAGGGUAUGCACUGUCUUAUCUUGCUUGCAAGAUCGCUUACUGAAAUCGGUCAACCGCGCCGCUCCUGGCUUAUAUGGCGGAAGGGCAUGGCGAUUGCACAGCUCAUGGGACUCUACCGACGCGGUUCUAACCAGCUUCUUGCCGACAACAUAUGGUGGGCGGUCUAUUCUGGAGAUCGCUUCACUAGCUUGCUUCUUGGAGUUCCCCAUGGAUUUCCCGAUGGGUACUACAACUCAAAAACACCGUACCACGAAGCUGCAGCGGCCGAGGUUACCCUUCAGACCAUGCUACUCGCAGGAAAAAUCAUUGAGAGGAAUCUGGUCGCUGACAAGCCUUCACUUGCCCAGACCCUGAGCCUAGAUGAGCAAUUGGAUAUAAUCGCAGCCAUGCUUCCAAAGACAUGGUGGACUAUUCCAGACCAAGUAUCUGGUCUAACGCCAGACGAUCAGCUCAAGGAGAAAGUAUUACAGCAGUUUUACUUCUUCCACAUCAAAACCUAUCUCCAUUUACCAUUCAUGGCAAAGUCUGCUGGUGGGCCGACCGCUGUCAUCAGUACGCUUGCGUGUAUGGGAGCUUCCCGCGAAAUGCUCAAGCGUUUCUUGGUGCUCCGAUCCAUCAUUCAGGGGUCAUGUCUGUACGAAUGCAAGACAACUGCCUUUCUCGCGUUUACGGCCGCUGUUAUUCUUAUUCUUGGCUUGGGCGACUUGAGUCAUAUGUCCGCGGCAUCGAGCUCCAGCGAGGACAUGGGCUUGCUGACGGCGGUGAGGGACAUAUUCCGCCAGGCUGCGAGGAGAGACCGAUGCAAGAUUUCGUCGCAAUGCUGCAAUUCCCUCGAUAUGCUUAUGGGAUCUCCGUGCAGUGAUCCAUCGACUACCCGACAGGACGGGGAUCAAGACAAGAUUCUAAUACCAUACUUUGGAAUUGUAGUACGCCGUCGCACGAGCCAAACUACAGGCCGUCCGGAAUACUGUGCUUCUCAGGUAGAUUCCCAGAUUUACCGAGGUGAAGCUUCUUCAAUUAGUCAACCAACAUCUGCAAACCCUCAGAUGGGCAGCCAACUCCAGGAGGUAGAAUUCCCGGCGUUUGAGUAUUCGGGUCUAGGACUGACAGGGGACAAUGUUGACUUUGAUGUUUGGACUGACCCGUCCUGGUCCAAUUCGCUGAUGAUGGAUUUGGACCAGGACUGGAGUUUAUUCACAGAUUUUGGUGGGAUGUAGUACGCCGGCCGUAUAAUAACUAAAUUGGAAAUCAUGCCGCUGUUCAGUUCUUGCCCUUCAGUAUCGGUGCCAGGCAUUGUCGUCUGGACUUAGAUUUGAAGAAAUAUUCUUCAAGUCGGAU